AUCAGCAGCAUUGGCGAUAUUUGAGCAGCUCUAACAUUCUUAUCGCACAUCCCUAGCGCUUUAUACUGGUUGCUUUUUGUUGGUUGUUGUUGUUGUGGGUUGGAAAAUACAAUUAAAAUUUGAUUGCAAUAUUUAAAUAUUCAACGUAUCAAGACAACAACAACGCGGCGGGUGUCGGCGGCAAAAAUACCGAAGAAGCACAAAAAAGAAAAAUUUGCAAGGUGUUUGCGUCUGUGUGAGUGUGUGUGACAACGACGAGCGACGACUUUGCUGCUGCUUCUGGUGCGUGCGCGCUGUCGCAAGGGACCAACACACACGUCAAGUAUUUGUCAUAGUAUUGGUGUAUCCUUUGGCAUUUCUGCGAGCUUGGUUGGACGUGCGAGAGAAAAAUCGCUUUAACCAAAUCAUAAACAAGUGCAGCUGAAGUCGUUUUUAAAAAGCAAAAGCACACCAAAUACAAUGGAAAAGAGAAUAGAAUUGGAGAGACGCGCACGCAAAGCGAACCAGAUCACAGAAUUGAAUCUGGACAACUGCAGGAGUACAAGCAUUGUUGGCCUUACAGAUGAAUAUACCGCCUUGGAAACAUUAAGUUUGAUCAAUGUGGGCCUUACCACACUUAAAGGUUUCCCCAAGUUGCCCAAUUUAAAGAAAUUGGAAUUAUCCGAUAAUAGAAUUUCGAAUGGCCUCAACUAUCUAACGACCAGCCCACAAUUACAAUAUUUAAAUUUGUCUGGCAAUAAAAUCAAGGACUUGGAAACGUUGAAACCAUUGGAGGAAUUCAAAAAUUUGGCUGUUUUGGAUCUAUUCAAUAAUGAUGCCACCCAAGUGGAAAACUAUCGGGAGAAAAUCUUCAAGAUGUUACCAUCUUUAAGCUUUCUAGAUGGAUUCGAUUGCAACGAUGACGAGGUGCAAUCGGAGGGCGAUGACGAUGAGGAGGUCAAUGGCAAUGACUCCGAGGAUGACGUUUCUGGCGACGAUGAUGGCGACAGCGAUGAAAGCGACGACGAGGACAAUGGCGAUGUAUCACUGUCGGAGGUCUAUAAUGAUGAUCUAGAGGAAGACAAUUCCGAUUGGGAGGAAGGUGAGGGCGGCGAUGACGAUGAGGACGAGGAUUCCGAUAUUGAUGAGGCCGAUGGUGAGCCAAAUGAAUCGACUGCAUCGGUCAAUGCCAAUGAGAAGGAUGCUGAAAAGCCAGCCGAAGAGUCGACAGCCAGGGGCAAGAAGAGAAAGCAUGAUGGUUAAACAGCAUGAUCUACAACUGUAUCGUCUUUGUACGUUAUAAAUUUAAAUAUAUAUACACCAAUACACACACACACACACAAAAUACAGCAACAAGAACACACAUCAUAUUUUGAUAAAACAAAAGUGAAAAAUAAAACCACAACAAAGGAAGGAGGAAAAAAAUAAGAAGAGGGCCCCCUUAGAAAAAGAUAAAAAAAAAUUACAUUUGUUUCGUUACAUUUUAAGCUAAAUAUUCUAAACACACCCAAAAAAAAAAACCCGACAAAACAAAACAAAAUGUAAUAAUCAAAAGAUAAACAAAAGAUGAUAACAUUUAAGCGAAUACUAAAAACCACACAACAAUAACACAAACAACACACACAUACACACACACAACUAUAGAAAACGAACCCAAAUGUGGCAGUUCUACAAAUAAAAAACAAAAAAAAGGAAAAUUAAAAAAAAAUCACACACAAACAACAAAAUAGAUGGUUCCAAUUAAAUUCUUUUGGCAAUUGAAUUUGCAUUCUGAACACAUUGUAAAAUUGCUUAGCAUUAAGUUAAAAGUUUACCAAUAUAUGAUUAUAAAAUGUAAAAUUAAAGAAAUCCCACAAUUUACAUGAUGAUAAUGUUACAUUUGAACAAACAAAAUUUGCUAACUUGCGCCUAAAGUUGAUUCCUGAUUUCCAUUUUAAAUUUAAUUAUUUUAAAAAUCAUUUGCUGCUUCUCUCCGGUUUCGUGUUACAAACAAGUUCUACAACAUAAUUACUGCUAAGAAGGAUUUUUAACUAACUCUUAAGUCAUUCCUUUUUGAAUAUACACACACACAUACACAUAAAUUAGUUAAGCGCAAUUAUAAUUUAUACUUCCUUAUAUAAUGUCAACACAAUUAUUAUUCAUUGUUAACCACAUCCAUUCUCUAUAUACACGCAAAUUUGUUUAAACUAUAAACAUACUUUUAAGUACGUAAACUAUAUUAUCAAACAGAUUUGUUCCCAGUUCUUCAAAGGCAGUAGUAGCAUGUUUCGAUUACGGCAAGUAAAUGCAAUAUACAACAGUUUAGACAAGAGUA